GGGGCGGGGGGUGCAGUACCACCGCCAGGGGCCGCCCUGCGCAUAUUACCGGGGCCGCGUAUGCGCACACGGAAAUUUCACUCCCUCCUGGUACCAGCCGCUGACGCGGCGGCGGGAAUAUGGAGGCGGUUGCAGGGCUGGGCGGGUCGGUGCUGCCAGGCGCCCUCAUCGUCCUCAUGCUUGUCCUGCUGCUGGCGGUCGCGCUGCACCGCUCUGCUUCGCGGGAGACUCCCACCGCCCCGCAGGACGGUCAACAUGGGGCUGGACCACGCCGAGCUCGUCCGCCUCAGCCCCGACUCACGGGCUUUUAUUGUCUGGCUGGCCAAUGCUGAGACCAUUCGUGUCUACAAGAUGACCAAGAAGGAUGACGGCAGCUUCACCUUCACUGCGACUUCUGGGGACUUCCCAAAGAAGCACAAGGCUCCUGUCAUUAACAUAGGGAUUGCAGAGACAGGGAAGUUUAUCAUGACAGCUUCCAGUGACACCAACAUCCUGAUCUGGAGCCCAAAGGGCGAAGUCCUGGCCAGCAUUAACACCAACCAGAUGAACAAUGCCUAUGCCACAGUGUCACCCUGUGGGAGGUUUGUGGCAUCCUGUGGCUUUACCCCUGAUGUGAAGGUAUGGGUGGUGUGUUUUAGCAAGAACGGAGACUUCAGGGAGGUGACCAGGGCUUUUGAGUUGAAGGGCCACACUGCUGGUGUACAAUCCUUUUCCUUCUCCAACGACUCAAGGAGGAUGGCGACCGUGUCAAAGGAUGGCACAUGGAAGUUCUGGGACACAGAUGUGGAGUACAAGAAGCAGCAGGACCCACACCUGCUUCUGACAGGGCAGUGUGCAGUGCUGGAGCCAUGCCGCAUUGCUCUGUCCCCUGACGGCCGCACGGUCGCUGUGGCGAGCGGCACAGACAUUGUGGUGUACAACACACGGCGCGGUGAGGAGGAGGAGCGUUUUCUUGGCGUGCACAGCCACUGUAUCACAGACCUUGCAUUUGACACCACUGGCCGCUAUGUCGUGUCCUGUGGGGACCGCGCUAUCUGUGUUCUCCACAACGCUGCCGGGCACCGUGCCGUGGUGGAGGAGAUGGAGGCCAUGCUGAAAAAAACUGGGAACAAAGCCACACAGGAGAGGCUGGAGCAGCAGAUCUCCAGUGCUCGCAAAGCAUUGGCUGCCAUCUAUGGCAAGAAGCACUAAGCUACCUGUAAAGCAGGAGGCAACUGUGCUCUGCCUUGGAGAUGUUUUGUUUUUUUUUUUUUUUUUAGUAACUGUGAACAGCAGUAAUAAAAGAGUGCCCAGGUC